ACGUUAUGGUUGACAGCAACUUGCUAAACUCAAAGAAAGAAAACAAAUUAUUAUGAAUAAAUCUAAAGCUGGAAAUGAAACAUUGACGCGGCAUCUUCUUUUCUUAUGUUUCACCAUCGAAAAUAGCUCAUCAUUUCUCUGCUUAUGCCCUUCGACAAUAAUUGUCCAUGCCUUGUUAAAUGGGAAAUGGAAUGUUGAAUGAUUCUUGCCGCCAACUAUAUAUAUGAGGUUCCAAGAAUCAAAUUUAACUUUCUCUGUUUGGAUUUUCUUUGUGUCUCAUGAUGGAAACAAAGAGAUAACAUGAAGCCAAAAAAUGACUCCAAACUUGAGGCUAAAGAACCAUAUAUACUGAAAACUUGUGUUGUUGAACUUGGAAGAAUCCGCAGAUCCAGUUUAGGUAGUUCAGGCAUAGAAGAAUGGAGCACGCAGAGACUAAUGGUAAAGGGAUUCCUCUUUCAAACAAGGUCGAGGUGCUUGAUGAGAAAGUCUCUGAUGAGGGAUUGAUGACUCCUUCUCUGUUUAUUAAAACAAAAUUUUCUGCAGAAGAGGCAAACGAUUCGCCAAUCGAGCAAGUUAGGCUCACAGUUCCGAUUACAGACGAUCCAACAUUACCAUGCUUGACUUUUCGAACAUGGGUCUUGGGGAUCACAAGUUGUGCUCUUCUGGCAUUUGCCAAUCAGUUCUUCGGUUACCGUCAAAAUAUACUCUCUGUAACAUCAGUUUCAGCCCAGAUUGUAGUGCUGCCAGUAGGGAGGCUCAUGGCAGCAAUUUUACCAAACAAAGUUAUCCGUUUUCCAAGAACGAAAUGGUCAUUUUCUUUGAAUCCAGGGCCUUUCAACUUAAAAGAACAUGUCCUGAUCACAAUAUUUGCAAAUUCUGGAUCAAAUCCUGUGUAUGCAGUGGGUAUUAUCACCAUUGUCAAGGCAUUUUAUCAUGGUAACAUAGACGCAGUACCGGCUAUGUUAUUGUCGCAGACGACGCAGCUGUUAGGAUAUGGAUGGGCUGGAAUCUUCAGGAAGUUCCUUGUUGAUUCCCCUUAUAUGUGGUGGCCUUCCAAUCUGGUUCAAGUUUCCCUCUUUAGGGCAUUGCAUGAAGUUGAGAUCAGGCGUAAGGGAGGCCUGACAAGGCUGCAGUUCUUCCUCGUGGUCCUUAUAUCAAGCUUCGCGUACUAUAUAGUUCCCGGCUAUCUCUUCCAAUCUAUAACUGCUCUUUCCUUUGUUUGUUGGAUAUGGAAAGAUUCAGUCACUGCCCAGCAAAUUGGUUCUGGUCUUCAUGGCCUUGGUGUUGGCUCGUUCGCCUUUGAUUGGUCAACUGUAGCUGGUUUUUUGGGAUCUCCAUUGGCCACUCCGGGAUUUGCUAUUAUCAACAUAUUAUUUGGUUACAUCAUAAUUCUCUACAUCAUAAUCCCCAUAUCUUACUGGACAAACUCAUACAAUGCCAAACGUUUUCCCAUUUUCUCUUCACAUGUUUUCGAUGCUAAUGGAAAACCCUACGAUGUUUCAACAGUUCUAAAUGAGACAACCUUUGAAUUCAAUAGAGCAGGGUAUGAUGGCUACAGCAAAGUCAACCUAAGUAUCUUCUUUGUUUACACUUAUGGUCUAAGCUUUGCCAUAUUGGCUGCUACAUUAACUCAUGUAGCACUUUUCCACGGAAGGGAGAUUUGGUAUCAAACAAAAGAAACAUUGAAAGACAAGUAUGCUGAUGUCCACACUAGGAUAAUGAAGAGAAAUUAUGAGGCUGUUCCUCAAUGGUGGUUUCAUAUAAUCUUGAUUGUAGUAACUGGACUAGCCCUGCUUACUUGUGAAGGCUUUGGUAGACAGUUACAACUUCCUUACUGGGGUGUCCUGCUAGCGAUUGGCUUGGCUUUCAUUUUCACUCUUCCCAUUGGUGUUAUUACAGCAACUACGAACCAGCAACCGGGACUCAACGUUAUCACUGAGCUAAUAAUCGGUUACAUGUAUCCGGGGAGACCUCUUGCAAAUAUUACUUUCAAGACCUAUGGCUACAUUAGCAUGUCUCAAGCAAUCAUGUUCCUCUCAGACUUCAAGCUGGGACAUUACAUGAAAAUUCCCCCAAAGUCCAUGUUUGUUGUCCAGUUAGUAGGGACUGUAAUUGCAUCUUCAGUUUACUUCGGCACGGCCUGGUGGCUCCUUACCUCGGUGGAAAACAUCUGCAAUCCAUCAAGAUUGCCAGAAGGAAGUCCAUGGACAUGUCCAGGAGACGAUGUUUUCUACAAUGCCUCCAUCAUUUGGGGCGUGGUUGGACCACUGCGAAUGUUCGGACGUCUUGGUUUGUACUCGAAGAUGAACUAUUUCUUCCUCAUUGGCCUUCUCGCGCCGGUGCCAGUGUGGAUACUCUCUCGCAUGUUCCCUGAGAAGAAAUGGAUCAAACUCAUUAAUGUGCCUAUUAUCAUAGGAGGCACAGGAGGCAUGCCAUCAGCCAGGGCUGUGAACUAUAUGUGCUGGUUUGCUGUAGGCAUUUUCUUCAAUUUUGUUGUCUACAAGAGAUAUAGAGGAUGGUGGGUUAGGCACAACUACAUCCUAUCAGCAGGGUUAGAUGCUGGAGUUGCUUUCCUAGCCAUUUUACUCUAUUUUACACUACAAAUCAAGGACAUUAAUGGACCAACCUGGUGGGGCUUGGAGCUGAGUGAUCAUUGUCCUCUGGCAACUUGUCCUACUGCCCCUGGCUUUCAGGUUGAGGGAUGCCCUGUUUUCCACUAACAGCUGCUUUCAUCAGAAUUUCUACCUGGGUUAAGGAACAAUAUGUCCUUUGACACGCGAAGUUGUAACUUAAUUCCAUUUCUGUGAGAACCAAAGUGAUUCCAUUGAUGUCAAGAUAUUUCCACUUCUCCAAAACUCUAAAGGAAAUAAGAAUAUUUGCUCAGAAUGAAGAUGGCAGUCAAAUAGAUAUAUAUAUAGCAUGUGUAUUGAGAACUGUGAGUAUAAAAAAUGCAAUUGAAUCUCA